AGCGAGUUAAAUGUUAAAUAUUUCUUUUGUUAAUUGACGCUCAAAGUGUUCCCAAUCCCUUUCCCGCACCGCCCGGGCCGACCGAGGACGUGUGCACGCCCAGAUCCGCUCGGUGAAGCAGCACAGAUCCGCGGGGCCGAGCGGGUAUGUGCGUGAGGAGGAGGAGGAGGUGGUGUAAAAGGAGCGACGGGCACAAAGCAGAUUUGAGAGGAAUAAUUUAACUCCGGUGUUUGUUGUUUUUCAUGGGUUUGUUUUUUCCCUUCUCUCUUUCUCCUUUCUAUCUCGUUUUCUGCUCAGGAUUUAAAUGUCACUCAAAGCAUCCCCAGAUCAGCUUUCCGCUCGUCUCCGGUUUCUUCCGAGGCAUUAAUUGGAUCACACGCUGCAUUUGAAGAGCCCUGGGUGUUUUACCCGCUAAGGAAAUUUGCUCCAUCUCCAGCAGCAACCACUGCUCCUUUUGAUGUUGUGGUACGCCGUGCGCAUGCGCUUCACAUUAGAAUUACUGCACUGGCCAGAAUAAGUUGGAUCUCUUCUUCUCUUCACUGAAACCCUAAAUCAUAUCAAAAGCUAAAGGGAUGCUGAGAGUCCGGAAAAAGGGUUACUUUGGGAUUUGGUCAUUCCCUUUAAUAAUAGCUGCGGUGUGUGCACAGAGUGUCAAUGACCCUAGCAAUAUGUCACUGGUGAAAGAGACCGUGGAUAGACUGCUGAAGGGCUAUGAUAUUCGCUUGAGGCCAGAUUUUGGAGGUCCCCCAGUGGCUGUUGGCAUGAACAUAGACAUUGCCAGUAUAGAUAUGGUCUCGGAAGUCAAUAUGGACUAUACCCUGACAAUGUACUUCCAGCAAGCGUGGAGGGAUAAGAGGCUGUCCUAUAAUGUAAUACCUCUAAACCUCACCCUGGACAACAGAGUAGCUGAUCAGCUCUGGGUGCCCGACACCUACUUCCUGAAUGACAAGAAGUCAUUUGUUCAUGGUGUUACUGUGAAGAACAGAAUGAUUCGUCUGCAUCCAGAUGGAACAGUCCUUUAUGGACUCAGAAUUACAACAACGGCUGCUUGCAUGAUGGACCUGCGGAGAUAUCCGCUGGAUGAGCAGAACUGCACGCUGGAGAUUGAAAGCUAUGGCUAUACAACAGAUGACAUUGAAUUUUACUGGCGUGGGGGUGAUAAUGCAGUCACAGGAGUGACAAAGAUCGAACUGCCACAGUUCUCCAUUGUAGACUACAAGCUUAUCACCAAGAAUGUUGUUUUCUCUACAGGUGCCUACCCAAGGCUGUCUCUCAGCUUUAAACUUAAGAGAAACAUUGGUUACUUCAUUCUGCAGACCUACAUGCCUUCUAUUCUGAUCACUAUCCUCUCCUGGGUUUCCUUCUGGAUUAAUUAUGAUGCUUCAGCUGCAAGAGUUGCUUUAGGAAUCACAACUGUGCUCACAAUGACAACGAUUAACACCCAUCUUCGAGAGACUCUUCCCAAAAUUCCAUAUGUGAAAGCCAUUGAUAUGUACCUUAUGGGAUGUUUUGUCUUCGUUUUCAUGGCUCUGCUGGAGUAUGCAUUGGUCAACUACAUCUUCUUUGGCAGGGGACCUCAGCGUCAAAAGAAAGCAGCAGAAAAAGCUGCCAGUGCCAACAAUGAGAAGUUGCGAAUGGAUGUCAAUAAGGACAGAAGAAUAAUUGGCACAUAUCAUUGUCCAGAAAUGUAUUCAACAAAGAUGGAUCCACAUGAAAACAUACUGUUGAGCACGCUCGAAAUUAAAAACGAGAUGGCUGCCUCCGAGGCUGUGAUGGGGCUUGGGGACCCUAGGAGCACAAUGCUGGCCUAUGACACUUCGAGCAUCCAGUACCGCAAAGCCGGCUUGCCCAGGCACAGCUUCGGCCGCAACGCCCUGGAGCGACACGUGGCACAGAAGAAGAGCCGGCUACGGCGACGCGCGUCCCAGCUGAAAAUCACCAUCCCUGACUUGACUGAUGUCAAUGCCAUAGAUCGAUGGUCUCGCAUAUUCUUCCCUGUUGUUUUUUCCUUCUUCAAUAUUGUCUAUUGGCUUUACUAUGUGAACUAAGAAACAAAGCCACGCAGGAAGAAAGAACUGGAUUUCUCUUCAAAUCAGUUGUACAGCCAAAAGUGGGACUUGGAAAAAUUCUAUUCAGGACAAAAAGUUAUUUUAAAACACCUUAGUUGCUGGCCCACUCUAUGGUCUGUUUUUAUAACAUUUUGGUUGUAUCUGCUAAACCAUAUAUAUGUUAAGUUGCAGUAUGGACAUAUCCCCUUAUCAAAAUAUAAGUGCAUUAUGAGUGUAAA